GUGGGGAAGGAGUGGGGAGGGGGCUUGGCCCAGGCUCCUUCUUCAAAGCAGCUCCUUCCAGUGGCCAAGCAGUGCCUGUCAAAAAGAGAGAGGUGGCCGCAGGGGGAUUUGUACGGAAUGAGGUGGCAGGAAAAGCUGGAGACUAAUUGAUUCGAUGCCCCUAACAUCACUCGAAUAGUAAUAAUAAUUAUCCACGCAAGCUGUGGGCAAGGCAAACGGAGUGGUGGCAAAGAGGAGGAAGCGGCCAUGAAUCAUGGCCCCCGAGCGUGGUAGCUGGCAGCGGCCAUGUGGUCGACUCUGGGGGUGAACUACCCAACGAUGCCAGCCAGUCACAUCAUUUUCCAGGCACUCAGAUUGGAUGCCAGCACCGCCUGUUCUCUCUUCAGGUAGACUGCCGUGGCACCGGUUCUACAUGCUCCCCCAACUCGCCAUCCAGGCCUCUGUACCACCAGCAAUCAGGUGACAGUCCAUCUCACUUCGAAAUUCUCCAGCAACCGAGCCGAAUUUUACCUCCUGCUUGUCCUUCAGCAACAGGGAAAUCAAAAAUGACGGUCUUAGACCUUUGGAGAAGGAAAGGUGAUUUUGGACGGGUAAAGUCUGAGAGAUGAAAAGUGAAGACAAAAUGAUGGAGAAGCUGAAGAGCCCUCCUCCGCCUCCUGCCUCUGAGCAGCCAGAUCCACCUCCCCCUGUUUCUCCAGUGCCCCUCUCCUCCCCAACUAGUGGGGAAGAGGAAAGAGAGACCACCCCACCUCCCACCAGCCCCGUAUCAUCUCCUCCUCAAACCAAGGGGAGUCCUCUCUCUGAGGCUCCCCCAACGUCGCUGCCCCACAACAUUCCAGUCAUCAGCCUAGGCUACAGUAAGCAGCAUCCUCCCCACACUGAGGUCCCCACUACCCAGCUGACAGCACUGCACCCCAUUCCCAACUUCUUGCAAUUCUCAGCAGUGCCACCUGGUCCUCCUCCACCUCCCAUGCCUCUUCCCGGAGUAAGGAGCCCCCUCUUGACCCCACAGUAUCCACCCCAUCCUUUCCUCAACAGCAUCUACAUUGGCAGCUCUGGAGCGUUUGGCCUUUUCCCCAGCAACCGCCUCAAACGCCGACCAAGCCAUUUUGAACAGGACAUGACAGAGGGUCUUCAGCCUCAGAAGGUGGCACGUCGGGUCUUCACCAACAGUCGGGAGCGGUGGCGUCAACAGAAUGUGAAUGGUGCCUUUGCUGAGCUCCGGAAACUCAUCCCUACCCACCCGCCUGACAAAAAGUUGAGCAAAAAUGAGAUCCUUCGUCUAGCCAUGAAAUAUAUCAACUUCCUUGUCAAGCUGCUGAGUGACCAGGCGAAGUUGGCCGGAGGAGAGGCUCUUGAUACAGAGCCCCCCUGCAAUGGGACCCCAAGGACUCCCUCUCCAUCAGCCCCCAUAAAACUGGAACAGGUGACAGUAGAGCCCGUGGCUGUACUGGGGGCACAUGAGCCACGAUGAUGGACGAGGGCUUAUCUACCUGUGUGACCAUCACCUCCCCAUCUGCCCCUCCCCCAUGCAGACCACCAUCCUAGUAGAUCAAGCCAACAUUGAUGGAUGAAGGAAUGUCCUUUCUGAGGAUGCUUGUGGCGAGACCAAAAGCCAUUGGAUAGGCUAUGAUAUUAGGGCUGCUGUGAUUUUACGAGGCCAAGUGCGUGGCUUUGGGGCUCCAUGUGUUUUUGCGGGCCCACAAAGGGAUGGAGAGAGAAACACAGACCCUUCAUGCCAAUUUGGUGUCACAAAACACAGGGGACAUGAGGGAGAGAGUAGGAAGGGGACACUGCUCUUCCUGUUCCCAACUCAGCUUGUUUCUGGAAUGGCCACAGAGAGGGGAUAGCAGGGAUACAAGCAAGCGCAGUUCCAAGGCGAGGGCUGGCUGGAAAGACACCCAUCCUCUUGGCCCAUCUCCCUUGAGGAGACCUUGUGAUGUGGAGAUCACCUUGUUUUUACAGAGCACUCCUGAGGCUCCUGGAUACAUCAUUUUUUUGCUUAGUGAAUUUGACUCUCAAUCUCAAUCUCCCCAAGUUCAAGUACAGUAUCAGUUUUAGGUAGGCCUAGGCAGAUAUUUGAACCUCUACGAAGGAACAAGAGAAGAAAGCAGGCGAGCUAAAGUAAAGCUGUUUCCUUAGCCUUGGCCCUGCUGUGCAGGAAGGCCCUUUCCUCAUAGGCUCAGCCUUUCCUUCAGCAGCAUUCUUUGUCAUGGGGCUCUGGCUGUGUUCUCUAAAAUCUCCAUUGCCAGUGGAAAAACACACAUUUCAGCAAACUGAAGGAAAAGCAGCUGGAGAGUAAUUUUAAGACUUUUCUUUAAUGGCCAGAAAGGAAAGAGUUAAGGAUUCCACCCAGUGCCAAUCCUUUCCUCAAGUUCGCAGACAAUGCAGCAAACGAUAUGUUAUAGAUAACUCAUUUUCACAGCUGCAAUCACAUUAGAGUUCCAGAGACAUGAUUCUGACAGAACAUCAUAUCUGAGAACUUAGGGCAUGAUCCCAUAGAGAAGUAGAU